AUGCGGGCAUUAUUCUUGCUUUUGGUGAUAAAUCUUUUCACUUCCGAGUCCUUGUCCAAUCACACCAAUUAUGAAGAGGGUCUCGCUGAAUUUGCCCUGGACUUUGCCGCGGCUGCCUAUGCUGUAGAUCCAGCCAAAUGUAUUCGAAAACACGGCCUUUCCAUCCUUAUCCAGGCCAAAGUAGCAUGCGAUUAUGCCUACGAUCAGGUGAUUGCUCGUUUUUUCAAGUUUAAGUUCUAGUGCUGGGCAUUUGUGGCUUACAAUGACAGUAUUGUCGUCACUGCAAUCCGAGGGACUCAGACCAAGCUACAGCUGAUAACAGAACUCGUUGAGACCAUGUCGGCCCCCAAGAGGCCUUUUCCCUCCGGGGGUUCAGUGCAACGUUAUUUCUACAUCGCUGUGAAAAGUCUCUGGAAACAAGGAUUCGGGGAAAAGUUGAAGAAAUUAGCCGAGGUACGCACCCAUCCUUACGGUCAAUAUUUUCCAGCAACUUCCAAAUGCCCGUUUUCUAUUCACCGGUCAUUCCCUGGGCGGCGCAUUGGCCUCGUUGACCAGUUCUCUAUUUGCCUUUCAGCAAAAGGACAAAGUGACUUCAGACCGAAUCUUCUUGAUCACUUUUGGUCAACCUCGAGUGGGGAAUAUGGACUAUGGCGCUGGCCAUGACUCGUUGGUCCCUCAAUCCUGGCGCCUCAUCCAUCGGUAUGACAUCGUUGCCCAUCUGCCUUACUGUUACGAGUCUUUGUGGAGUCGACAAUGUUCAGGGCUCUACAAUCAUGGUCCUUACCAUCAUGGAACCGAAAUCUGGUAUCCAGAGAGUAUGGGUGGUACCUCUAACUACCUUCCCUUAUAUAGAAUAUGCAAUGGAACUCCGCAGAAUGAAGAUCAGAUAUGCAGGUAAAAAGGGAAUCAGCUUAUCAUUUUUUUUAGUAAUUCGGCCUACAUUCACUACAAUGUGGCUGACCACUUACUCUACUUUAACAAAACAGUAUCUGAUUACGGCGAAGCUGGAUGUCCGGCAUAA